UACUUUUUUCCUACAAAUUUAAGACUUUUUUUCCCCCCCAUAGAUUUACGACUUUAUUCUCAAAAUCUCAGAUUAUUUUAAUAUUCCGUAACAGGCAUUGCCUGAGACAGCUAUUAAAAUUUACGUGACCUUUGGUGUGUGGGAAAGGUAAUAUUAUGACUUUUUUUUUUCUCACAAAUUUACGAUUUUAUUCCCAAUCUCAGAUUAUUUUUUCCAGUGUGGCCCUCAUACUGGGUCAUCCUUGCUGUAAAAACCAGACCAGUGUAAAAUGAAAGGCCUGUAAAUUCAGACUUUUCACCCCCCCCAAAGUUUGCAAUUUCCUACCUUUUGUCUGCAUAGAGGCUCCUUCUUGUUUUCCUCCGCUUUCACUUCCUGCUGCAUGACCUCUUUGGGCGUGCUGACCGCCAGCACGUCGUUGAUGGUGGAUCCCACCACCAUGAUCUUCGCACCGCCGGUGACCUUUAUCUCCCGUAGCGUCUUGUCUUCCGGAAGCAAGCCUUUGUACAUCACCUUCUGCAUGGCCGGAGGAAGACCUGCCAAGAGGAAGAUUUAGACUUUGCCGGGACGGCGAUGACGGCGGCGGGGAUUCCUCACCGGUGAGCGCGUGGAUUCUCUCCUUCAGCUUAGCGCCGGUGCUAUCCAGCGGGAUCUUCAGGUCGUAUUUGAUCUUGUUCCAGAUGAUCUUCAAGUCCACCGUCUCGCCUUCCUCCUCCUCCACGUCGUCGCCGUUGCUAAUGUUAGAACAGUCCUGAGUGGCGGCGUGUCCCGCGUCGGACGCCGACUCCGAGUCGCCCUGGUCGGCGGAGUCACCCUCACCCAGAGGUGCGUCGUCUUUUGGCUUUACGUCCGUUUGCAUUAUAACUUCACUUCCUGGAAGGAAAUACAUCAUAUUUCAACUAAAUCAGCUGGGGUAGGCUCCAGCCUCACCCAUACACCUAAUGAGGCACUAUAGAAAAUUAUUUCAUAUAUUUUCAUUAUCCUUCAUGUCAGUGCUUCGUUUAUUAGCAGCAAAAAUGUUUUUUUUUUGUACAAAAACGCAAAUAUGACACAGCAUUUAGCACUUUCGAUUUCCCUUACUGCUAACUUAAUGAAUGUUCCGACACAUAAGGGUUGUCAUUUUAAGUUAACUUCACUCCAACGAGCCUAAUAACUGUGGUUUAAGCCCCCACUUACCGCAAAGAUGAUUACUUGGGCUAGUUAGCAGGAAUUGACGUUAGCUAGCCUCGACCCUAACCUGCUAGUCAGGGAAACAUGUUAACUUCAACCUUACGAGGAGACGUGGCUUUAUUUUUUAAAGACACGACCUUAACAGCGCCCGGCGUUAACGCGUCUGCGUGUCGCCUGCUUUAAUUCAUCGCCGGGGACGAAAGUUGGUGUAACGGAAUGAAGGAAAUGUGUCUAAAUUGUGCUCAAUACCCACCAUCCUGGGCCGCCAUGAUGAUUGUGUACAAUCAGUAGCAACGUUCCAUCGAGCCGAAGAGCGUGACAAGGCAGCAAGAUUGUUCCGCUUCCUCUGGAAGCUACACGUUGGCUACAUGGGAUUAUUACGUGUUAUCACGACUACAAAUACACGUCUUUACAGCAUUUAGAGGCUCGUUUUAUAAAUUGGGAGUGAAAAACGGACUAUAUUUAGAAAGUGUGUAUAUACACAGGGAAAUGACAACCCUUAAAGUUGUUUCUUUCGUUCCAUUUUACGCGAUACGUCACUGCGGUGGAGUAUAUCGGAGUUUUAACUCGAAUGUUAUUAAUAUGAACGCUCCUAAGCUUGCCUUAUUCGUCAGUAUCACAAUGGCGGAACAGAGUGACAGGGAGUGAUCUUGUUCUGUAGAUGUUCUUUGUUGCUGUAGCAAGAAAGCCCAGCACCGAGAGGUGGCACUUUCCUUAAUUGCCAUUGGUUAGCGAGUUGUUCUUCGCGUUUGUUUUUAAGAGCGAGACUGUACAUUGACGCUAUAUCGCCAACUUGUGGAAGAACUAUGGAAUAACACCUUUACAUUAUUAGCAUUGAAGUCUGUAUGUUCCGCUUUCUACCGACAGAUGGCGGUAGCACAACGUCAUCACAAUGAAUAGUUCUACUAUUGUGAAAAGAAGAAGAGCAAAUGCAGGAAGUAGACGGAGUAAAAAAACCGGAAGAAAUGUCAAAACAAAACACCACAACCGCAAAUAAGAGCUGGUAAUUAAAGUCACAAGUUUUCAAGAAUAGUUUUCAUGCAGCGAGGGGAAGCGACUCACAAUGCUGCUCUUUCCGCCGCCCGCUGUAUUCGCUAUAGAUAACUUGGAGAAGUUUGCUGUUUGAACCGGAGACGAGUGCAAAAAGUUGGUUAUGUAGCAAAGUGAGCACCCACGCAAAGAAAGGCAACAUCAUGGCUGACUGGAGGUUUUUCAAUGUUGUUAUUUUGGGCGUCGGAUUCAUGUUCAUCUUUACCGCUUUUACCACAUGUGGGAACGUGGAGCAAACUGUGGUGAAAAGUCUGCACAACGACACUUUCACAGGAAAUGGAUACCACAGUCUGGGAAUCAUCUACGGCGUCUUCUCGUUUUCUAAUCUAGUGGCGCCGGCGGUGGUGGCGAUGCUGGGACCGAAGAUGACCAUGUUUUUGAGCGGGCUGCUUUACAGUGGCUACGUCGCCGUCUUCAUCGAGCCGUCCACGUGGGCCUUCUACUUGACGUCCGUGCUGAUCGGCGUCGGUGCUGCUAUGCUGUGGACGGCACAAGGACUCUUCCUGGUGGAGAACUCUGAGGCUGCCACCAUCAACAGGAACACAGGGAUGUUCUGGGCUCUGUUACAGUGCAGCAUGUUGUUUGGCAAUCUGUACAUUUACCUGGACUGGAAUGGAAGAACAGAAAUACCAGACGGCAGCAGGAAGAACAUUUUCCUCUCCCUGGUGGCGGCCUCGGUGGUGGGCACGCUGUGCUUCCUGGUGCUGAGAAGGAGUCCUCCUCAGGAGGAGAUGCUGUCCGAGGAGGAGGGACAGUCGCUUCUCUCCGCAGGGAUAGUGUACAAGCACAGAGCAAACAUGGCCGUGCAGGAGGUCAAGGCAGAUUUGAGGACCAUGCUGCAGCUGCUGAAGACGAAGAGCAUCCUCCUCCUGAGUCCCUGCAUGGCCUACAGCGGCCUGGAGCUGUCGUUCUACAGCGGAGUGUACGGAACCUGCAUCGGAGCCACUGCGCAGUUCAGAGAGGCGGCAAAGGGCCUCAUUGGGAUCUCCGGCAUCGUGGUGGGUGUGGGCGAAAUCAUCGGUGGAGGCUUGUUUGGAUUAAUGUGCAAGAACAAUCGCUUCAGACGCACCUCGGUGGUUUUCCUGGGAAUGGUCGUUCAUUUUGUGGCCUUCUAUCUGAUCUUCCUCAACAUUCCCGAUGACGCUCCUGUUGUGUUCAACACCGUCACGCAGAAGAGCCCUUUUCUGACGCCAAGCGUGUCCAUCACCCUGCUGUGCAGCUUUCUGCUGGGCCUGGGAGACAGCUGCUUCAACACGCAGCUCUACAGCAUCUUAGGAUGCAUCUACACGGAGCAAAGCACGCCCGCCUUCGCCAUCUUCAAAUUCAUCCAGUCUGUUUUCGCAGCAGUGGCGUUCUUCUACAGCGGCAACGUGAUGCUAAUGUGGCAGCUCCUCCUCAUGGUCAUCCUGGGCUUCACCGGUACGCUCUGCUUCUUCGUGGCGGAGCGCAUGUACAACUUCUCUGCAGAGUCACUGGAAUAACCGGAUUUGGAUGCAGCUUUACUUUGUUAGCAAACGCACUUGAACUAUGCACUCCGAAAAGGUAAUUUUUAUCAUUAUCGCCACCACGGGAAGCUAGCGGGUACUUUGCAUAUUUGCUAAUGGCGUGACACCACCCACACUGUGAUCAGUGUUCAUUAACACUACUCUCGCUUUCUAACAUUUACGACCAGCUGCCAGCUCAGCUCAUCUGACUACUUUUUUUGGAAAUAUUUUUUAUAGCUUUUUAUUUUUUUUUACAAGUAUGAUAAAAUAUCUCAGAAUAAGAUUGCUAUACAAUCUCUUUUCUAUGGUCGAGACGUAUUUUUUGUUAUUGAGUCUUAAUGUUUCAAAACGCACCCAUCAAUGUGUACUUAAAACCACUAACAAGCCAACUUAAGCUUUAAAAAAAAUAAAGCAAAUUGUUUC